UUCUUCCUACAGAAAGAAUUCAAUGUUGCAAGAAGAACGACAACUGCUGCAGCGAACUCGGAAAUUUGUAAUUUAGCGUUCUUUACAGUAUGAGUGAGUCUCAUGUUGAGUUCCCUCGCAGAGUCAACAACCUACCUCCAAAAAGAGAGCGGCACCAAGCAAUGUGCCUUCGAUGCUUUUGCUGGAGGUGGUGGUGUGGCACUUGCUGAAAGGUGGACUCGUGGAGCUGUGGCUUCCAAGAGCCAGAGCUGCAGCUUCCAAGAGCCAGAGCUGCAGCACUAGAUGGAGCUAAGGGCUGAAGAAGGGAAGCUCAGUGAUUGCCUCUCACUGGAUUGCUGAGUUGUGUAUCUAUUUGCCGCUCACUAGAAUUUCACACAUCACUGGAUUUUCUGAGUAUGUAGGAGUAUAAGCUAGGGAGGAACUGGUGUAUAUAGAAGAAAUACAUUUUUGCAUUUGCU